GUACCAGACUUCAGAACGCGGAAGCAGUGCUGCAAAACACCCAACGUGACUCCUUUAGUACCAAACAUGUCUCAUCUCCUCAAGAAGAGGAAACUGGAUAAAAAUGUUCAGGAGAACCUGUACUUCGACAGCUACUCUGACGUGACCAUCCAUGAGGAGAUGAUCGCGGACCAUGUGCGGACCAACACGUACCGGACGGCCAUCCUGCGGAGCAGCGACUCGAUCCGGGGCCGGGUGGUGCUGGACGUGGGCGCGGGCACCGGUGUGCUGAGCAUGUUCUGUGUGCAGGCCGGGGCCAAGAAAGUAUACGCCGUGGAGGCAUGUUCGAUCGCUGAGCAGGCGGUGAAAAUCGUCAAACAGAAUCAGAUGGAUGACAGGAUCGAGGUGAUCAGAGGCACCGUGGAGACCAUCGAUCUACCCGUGGAAGGCGUGGACGUGAUCGUGAGCGAGUGGAUGGGGUACGCGCUCCUGCACGAAUCCAUGCUUAACUCGGUGCUUUACGCGCGGGACAAAUGGCUCAAACCGGGAGGCCUCAUGCUGCCAUCCAAAGCUGAGCUGUACAUCUCCCCGAUCAAUGAUCUAGUGGUGGAGGACCGGUUGAACUUCUGGUGCACCGUGAAGGACCAGUACGGCAUCGACAUGUCUCCGAUGUCCGAGUUCGCCAAGAAAUGCAUCAUGAACAAUGACAUCGCCAUCAACCUGGUGACGGUGGAGGACGUGCUGUCUCACCCUUCCAGACUGGCCGAGCUGGACCUGCACACCGUGACCCCGGAACAGGUGGCCUCGGUCCGGGGGACGUUCUCCUGCGAGUGUUUCGGCUCCGCGGCGGUCAACGCGCUGUGCGUCUGGUUCACGGUCAGCUUCCCCGGUGACGACAAGCCGCUGGUACUCUCCACGUCCCCAUUCAAACCCGAGACGCACUGGAAACAGGCCGUGCUGUACCUGGACUCGCCCAGGGACGUGAUGCAGGACACGAAGGUUGUGGGGGAGAUCCACAUGUACCCCUCUGAGGAGAGUGCUCGCCAUAUAUGCAUCCAUGUGGAGUGUGCAAUCGGAGAGCAUAAAAAGCAGUCCAAAACAUUCUCCAUCCCCGACGGCUACUCAGAGGCCCAGCAGUAGUGUUGAGUGGCUGACGUGAUCCACGCAACAUGUGUCAUUAUUGGGCCAGUUUUACAACCAUUCUGUCCCUGUAUUUUUAAGUGCUGUUUAGGAAACUAUGACGCGUGCAAAGACGGGCAGAUUGCAAAGACAUGAAGUCCAAGAUAAAUGGAUAACAACUAGUACUACUCAUAGCUGUCAAAGCUGAGAUGACUGAGUUGACCUGCCUAAAAACGAGAAAUGAGAGGUAUUAACUAAUAGCAUAAGAGAAUAUUAUGUAAAACGAAAGUUGAAGGAGAAUUGUUUUAUUAUUCACACUCAACUCAAUGCCUAAUAAAUUGUAUUAAACCUAA